GACAGUAUCAAGCUCUGGACGUGGAAAAAAAGGCAUCGGCGCAAAACGUCCCCGGCCUUCAGCAAGUCUACGCUUUGUAGAAACACAUUAGCCUUCGUCUCAGUUCUGCGCACAUAUUUUGCAUCUGGUCAACAUAAUGUCUUCCUUUAGCCCAACCCAGAUUUUCGAGGAGGGCACGACAGAGGAGAAGGGCGAGAAUGCCCGUCUCUCAGCCUUUGUCGGCGCCAUCGCUGUUGGCGACCUUGUCAAGAGCACAUUAGGACCCAAGGGCAUGGACAAGAUCCUGCAGUCAGCUUCCACCGGAGAGAUAAUGGUGACCAACGACGGUGCAACCAUUUUGAAGUCCAUCGCUCUCGACAACGCCGCUGCAAAGGUUCUGGUCAACAUCUCAAAAGUCCAGGAUGACGAGGUCGGAGAUGGCACUACAUCAGUUUCCGUUCUCGCGGCCGAAUUGCUGCGCGAAGCAGAAAUCCUUGUCGGCAAAAAGAUCCACCCUCAAACCAUCAUUGAGGGAUACCGGAUAGCAAGCAGAGCGGCUCUUGAAGCCCUUGAGCAAUCCGCAGUCGACCACAGCAAGAACCCCGAGGCUUUUAAAAAGGACCUGCUUGCCAUUGCAAGGACGACACUCAGUUCCAAGGUGCUUGCCCAAGACCGUGAUCACUUCUCCCGACUGGCAUGCGAAGCCGUUCUGCGCUUAAAGGACUCUUCCGACCUUAGUCACAUUCAGAUUAUCAAGAAGGCAGGCGGCAAACUCAGCGAUUCGUUCCUUGAUGAGGGCUUCAUUUUGGACAAGAAGAUCGGCGUGAACCAGCCCAAGAGGUUAGAGAACGCCAAAAUUCUGGUCGCCAACACAUCUAUGGACACGGACAAGGUCAAGAUUUUCGGUGCACGCAUGAAGGUCGGCUCGACAAGCAAGCUUGCAGAGCUUGAGAAGGCGGAGAAGGACAAGAUGAAGGCCAAGGUCGACAAGAUCAAGGCGCACGGGAUCAACUGCUUCAUCAACAGGCAGCUCAUCUACAACUGGCCGGAGCAGCUGUUUACUGAUGCGGGCAUCAUGUCGAUAGAGCAUGCCGACUUUGACGGUAUCGAGCGCCUGGCGCUGGUCACUGGUGGUGAGAUCACUUCAACGUUCGACCAUCCGGAUCAGGUCAAGCUGGGUCAUUGUGAUUUGAUUGAGGAGAUCAUCAUCGGCGAAGACACUUUGAUCAAAUUUUCGGGCGUUGCCGCUGGCGAGGCUUGCACAAUUGUGCUGCGUGGUGCUACGGAGCAGCUGUUGGAUGAAGCCGAGCGCAGCUUGCACGAUGCCUUGGCCGUCUUGUCACAAACAGUGAAGGAGCCUCGUACUACUCUUGGCGGCGGUUGCGCCGAGAUGGUAAUGGCUAAAGCGGUGGAAGGUGCGGCAACGCGUGUUGAGGGCAAGAGACAGAUGGCGGUCGCAUCUUUUGCCACGGCACUGCGUCAGCUUCCCACUAUCCUGGCUGACAACGCUGGUCUUGACUCAGGCGAGCUCGUUGCUCGGUUGCGCAAGGCUAUCUACGACGGCAUGACAACAUACGGACUGGAUUUGAUGACACCCGGUGGUGGCAUCGCAGACAUGCGAGACAUCGGCGUCAUCGAGAGCUACAAGUUGAAGAAAGCUGUGGUGUCAUCUGCCAGUGAGGCAGCUGAGCUUCUGUUGAGAGUGGACGACAUCAUCAGGGCAGCUCCGAGGAGGCGAGAGAGGCAGUAGAUACCAUGAUGCCAAAAAGACAUAGAAAAUAGGCGGCCAGGACAAUUGACCUAGAAAUCUGUACUAUAUCAUAGACGGGACAGAUUGUACUCAGCCGCUUAAUGAAAAAUGAGAUGGACGGAUACCCAUUUGAGCCAUUUUACCCUUAUGAUGCUUUUGUGGAGCCAAAUCCGCUGAUACCUGAAAGUUUGUAUGUACUUGACGGUGUGUUAAGGGCGAUACCUCGAUAAUCAUAACCAAUGUCCCUGAGCAUCAGAGGCCGGUUCUAUAUCUUGUCGUACAGCCUACAUCCAGGCCGAGGUAUGGCUGUGUCUUGAAUAUGGCAAAAAGAG